CGGCCCGCACCUCCUGGCUCCGGGGCCGGCGGGGACAGGAGCAGGUGCCCGAGCCGGCCCAGCGGGGCAGAGCAUGGCCGGGCCACGGGGCGUCGCAGCCGGGCCGGGCCGGGCCCCCGGGCCGCAGCCGCGCGGGGGGAGCCGCAGGGCAGAGCAUGAAGCCGGCCAUCAGAAAUAGACCACCACUCUUGUCCUAAAGGACUCCUCUUGGAGGACCAAGCCAGUGUCCAUGCAGCACUGACUCUGGAGGAAGGGCCACAGGCGGCCGCAUAGGACCCAGCACCACAGUCCAUGUUGUCUUCCGUUGGCACUGUGAGCAUUUCCUUGGUUGUGUUGGCAGCAUGCCUUCCUUGAUAAAAGCCCCGACCACGCCGCCUGAGGAGAAGCCCAAGGGGAAAUCUCCUGCCCCCGAGGACAAGCCCCAGGGGAAAUCCCUGUUUGGCCUGGGCUCCCUCGUUGGGAAUCGUAGUGAGAAAAUUGUCAUUGCGAGAAGCGAUAGCGCCCCGGACGAGAAUGUUCUGAAGAUCACCAUAACAGAGACCACGGUCAUUGAGUCUGACUCGGGCAUAUGGAAUUCGCAUGCUCUCCUCUACCUCACCUUGUGGUUUUUCUUCAGUUUUUGUACUCUCUUUCUCAACAAGUACAUCUUGUCCCUGUUGGAAGGCGAGCCCAGCAUGCUGGGAGCUGUGCAGAUGUUUUCCACCACACUGAUUGGCUGUAUUAAGAUUUUUGUUCCAUGCUGUUUAUAUCAACACAAAGCACGCCUGUCUUAUCCAUCUAAUUUCAUCAUGAUAAUGAUAUUUGUUGGACUAAUGAGAUUUGCGACAGUGGUCUUGGGCCUGGUUAGCUUGAAAAACGUAGCUGUCUCCUUUGCCGAAACGGUGAAAAGCUCAGCUCCUAUCUUUACGGUCAUCAUGUCCAGGAUGAUCUUAGGAGAAUACACUGGACUGCUGGUGAAUUUGUCCCUUAUCCCCGUUAUGGGCGGGCUUGCACUCUGCACUGCUACUGAAAUCAGCUUCAACGUCCUGGGGUUCUCUGCAGCGUUGUCCACUAACAUCAUGGAUUGUUUGCAAAACGUGUUUUCCAAAAAGCUGCUCAGUGGGGAUAAAUACAGGUUUUCCGCCCCGGAACUUCAGUUCUAUACCAGUGCUGCUGCUGUGGUCAUGCUCAUCCCAGCUUGGAUCUUCUUCAUGGAUAUGCCAGUGAUAGGAAAGAGUGGGAAAAGUUUCCAUUACAAUCAAGAUGUCAUCUUGCUGCUCCUCAUGGAUGGUGUCUUAUUCCAUCUUCAGAGUGUCACAGCCUAUGCCUUGAUGGGAAAGAUCUCCCCCGUCACUUUCAGUGUGGCCAGCACGGUCAAGCACGCACUCUCAGUCUGGCUGAGUAUUAUUGUGUUUGGGAACAAGAUCACCAGCCUGUCAGCCAUUGGGACAGUUCUGGUGACCAUUGGUGUGCUGCUUUAUAACAAGGCCAAGCAACAUCAGCAGGAGGCGAUGCAGAGCUUUGCCAUGACUGCCAGUCCAAGCACCGCUGAGGACAUAGAGCCGCUGAUCGGCAAGGACUCAAAGCCAUACAAUUGACCCUGGUCUGCCACUGCCGCCUGCCAGUGCACCAAGGCAUCUUGUGGGAGCUGCUCAUUUCCUCACUGCUGACACCUUGAUUGUUCCUUUAAGUGAGCAGCUGGAGACUGGGGGGCAGGGGGUGGCCAAGGCAGCUGUAAAGUGAAGCCACACGCUCUGCUGCUCCAAGAGGUGGCCUGGGAGACCCGAGUGUCACCAGCAUUAGCAAAAGGCAUUUCCUUCUCCUGUCACGAGAACCAUAACAGGACAGAUAGGGGACAAGAGACCCCUGAGCAUCAGCACCCUGGAGAGGGGCAGCUUCAACUCAGUACUGUCACCAAAAUAAUGUGAAAAAAUAAAAAAUGACCUGCCA